AUUGAGUCAGACAGUUACGCCACCCAAGCUGGAAAGGCGGACGCGGAAAGAAUCCGCCAUUUUGAGUUUAUGGAAAAAUACAUAGAAAUCCAAAAAUCAUCAAAGAAGAACCUCAUUCGUACCUUUAAUGGGUAAAUUUGAGCAGAAGUAAAAUGGAGACUGAGGAUCAAACUUCAACAGAAAAAUCUCCAGCUAAGUCUGCGAGUGCCAGAAAAACCCGAGGGUCAAAGGGUAAAGUUCAGGAACCUGAUUCGCCAGUGGCAGGGUCAUCAAAAAGUCAAAACGAAACAGAGACUGCUGUCAUUGCAGACUUCCCGACUGCGCCAGUUUUACGUACAGAAAAGGAAAAGGCGGCCUGGGAGAAAUACAAAGACCAGUUUCAGACACUGUGUGCGGCUCUGAAGAAUGAAGGAGUUGAUGUGAAGUUGGUUGCCAGCUCCGAUCAAGAUGUUGAAACUAAAAAGAAAUCCACUGACAAAGAAAUUUCUGGAGAUGAAGAUGAGGAUGAAAAUGUUGAGAAAUCAGAUGAGAGUGAAAAUGAAGAGGAUGAGAAUGAGGAAAAAAGUAAAGAGGUUAGGAAAAGAGGCCGGCCUCCAAAGACACCUGCAAAAACCAGUGAAUCAUCUGGUAAAAAUGCUGAAGAAGCAAGCAGUAAGGAAGUAAGGAAAAGAGGAAGGCCCCCUAAAACACCUGUAAAAACACAGUAUGUAGAAUCUGAUGAAAAAGGGGAUGAUGAAAAUAAGGAAGAUGAAGUGGAAGAAAAAAGAGGACGAGGAAGGCCAAAGAAAAAACCUGUUGAAGCUGCUACAGAGGGGUCAGAUGAGAAGAAAGACGAACCUGGUGUUGAGGAGGAGGAAGAUGUAGAGGGAAAAAGAGGACGCGGACGACUGAAGAAAAAAGCUGACCCAGUUAUUACUAAGGAUGUGGAGGAGAAAAAUGACGAGCCUAGUAUUGAGGAGUCUGAUGAAAAGGAUGAUACUGAUGCUGUGGACUCGCUUGACAAAGAAAGUCAAACUCCCAAAGCUCUUGAAAAAAAUACUGACACCCCAAAAGGAACAGAUACAGGAGUGAAGCGGGGUAGAGGUCGGCCGCCAAAGACACCAAAGGAAGCGCCAGAGAAAUCAACAGAAAAUGCAGAAGAUUCAGAGAAAGUAGAAAAGAGAACAUCAAAAAAAUCUGCCAACCAGGAGGAUGGUGAUGAUGGAAAGGAAAAGAAGAAACCUGUUAAAAGUACACCUGGGCGUACACCUGUGCCGCUUGUUAGCUCCCGAUCUGGACGCAUCAGGAAAACUCCUGCCCGAUUCCUGGAUGCUGCUGUCAUAGAAAUAUCUGACACGGAGGAGGCAAAGGACGGUGAAUCGGAGGACGAAGAUGGAUCCGAUGAAAAACCUACAAAAGGCAACCGGGGACGUCCCAGGAAAAUAUUCAUUAAAUCGGAACCCAAAAGUGAUGCUUACGAAAAGGCAGCGAUUAUUAGUGUUAAAGAGAAAGAUGAGGAUGGUGAACAGAAUGAUGUUGAUACACCGUCUCGUAAACGUGGACGUCCACCAAAACAGACAUCCGAUACUCCAGGUAUUCCUCCGAAAACUGAUGAUAAAACAACGGAUAGUGCAUUGAAAGGAAAGAGAGGAAGGCCACGCAAAUCUAUCACUGUGGAGGACGGAGAUUCAGAAAUAAAUGAUUCACAGAGUGAGAAAAAGAAACCAAUACUGAUAAAAACAGAACCAAAGGAUGACGUGGGUCAUUCGAAGAGGACAGCAAGGAAGAAAGAUAAUUUCCCAUGUGAAUAUUGCAGCAAAGAGUUUGUUUUAGAAUGUUUAUUGGAACGCCAUACAAGGUCAUGCAUAAAGAAAACAUCAAAACAGGAAAAAUCUGACAAGGACAUCUUGGACAGUGCAGAGGGGACGGAGGUGAUUUCAGAUACAGAGAAAUUACCGGACACAGAAAAAGCAACAGAUACUUCAGACAUGGAUUGCAUUGUUGAUGAAGAAGUAGGAGAAUCUGGUAAAGAUGAAGAUGAAUUGGAAGAAGGUGAAAUAACGAAAAAAAGGAAAAGGGAAGAUGAUGAGGAAGACUGCGAUCCUGAAGAAGUUAAAAAACCAAAAAUUUCUGGAGAUGAAUCGGACCAAAAGGACGGAGAGCCUAAAAAAGUAAUGAAAUCUCGCCUGCCAAAAAAAAGAGGACGUGGCCGACCACGUCGACAGAUUUAUAAGCAGGAAUACGAUGACGAAGAUGAUGAUGAUUUCCUGCCCGACACUUUAAAGAAAGCUAGAAAAGAUGCCAUGAAAAAGCUGACACAGACUGAUUUGUUGUAUUUGCAAAUGAAUAUCAAUGAUGAUGAAAUAGAGUGCAAGAUUUGCGUCAAAAAAUUCAAAGAUGUGAAAUAUUUGCGACGUCACAUGGCAAUCCAUGCUGGAAUCCGAGAUUUCAUAUGUAAAAUAUGUAGGAAAAGCUUCAUGCGCAAAUACGACCUUCAUAUCCAUAUGAUUCGUGUACACUCUUGGGUCAAAACUGGUAGAGGGAAAAUAAAGACUGAAGACGAUCUGGAAGAAGGGGAGAUUACUCUAGAUACUCCAAAAUCUAAAAAACUUGAAAAGAGUUUUGACGACGAUGAUGAUGAUGAUGUUGAAGAAGUACCUGUGGAGAACCUAGAAGAAGAACGUAAAUUUUCCUGUGAAACCUGCGAAAAGAAAUUCCGUUUUGAAUCCUCAUUGAAAAUACAUGUACAGACUCACACCGAUACAAAGUCGUUUCUUUGUGAUUUAUGUGGGAAAGGCUUCUCACUGGAAAAAUAUCUUAGCAAACAUCGUCUGCGACAUGAGAAGGAGGGCAUCAUCAAAAUGGAGGGAGACGUCAAAGUUUAUAACUGUCAGGUUUGUGAGAAGACAUUUGAAGUCCUGCCUGACUAUCAGACGCACAUGAAAUCGCACAAGGAUGAAAAUUUACGGACAUUCCACUGUGACCAGUGUCCAAAAGGUUUCUUCAAACUUGCUCACCUUAAACGCCAUCUUCUUACCCACACCACGGAUCGCACUUACAAGUGUGCUUUAUGUGACAAGUGUUACAAAGAUCCGGAUACUUUACGGAAACAUCAGAAAUGUGUUCACCAGGUCAAAGAUGAGACGACUGGAGAAAUCAUGGAAAAGAAAGCUUGGCCAUGUGACGAAUGUGGGAAGGUCUUCUUCAACUCUGGUCAUCUCAAGAGGCAUAAAUUCCGUCACACUGGCGAAAGGCCUUUCCCCUGCGCAACUUGUGGGAAAUCCUUCACCGAGAAGAAGAGUCUUGAAAAUCAUACUCGUAUUCAUACUGGGGAUCGUCCCUAUCAUUGUGAGGAAUGUGGCAGAAGGUUUAUACAAAUGUCGCAUCUCCGACGACACAGAUAUCUGCACACACAGGUCAGAAACUUUGAAUGUCCACAAUGCAAGAAAAGAUUUUUCGAAAACACAGAUUUAAUGAAGCACAUUCGUGUUCACAGCAAUAUUCGACCGUUCAAGUGCGACCUCUGUCACAUGUCGUUUGCCCAGAAAAAUGUCUUGGUCUGCCAUCGCCGACGUCACACUGGGGAGAAACCGUUCAUUUGUGAUAUUUGUAGUCGUGCAUUUACACAACUCGGAUCUCUGCAGACCCAUCGGCGUCUUCACACCGGAGAACGACCGUACAAAUGUCAGUACUGUGAUCAGGGAUUUGUCAGUAAAGAGAGGAUGAAGUUCCAUACCUUCAUACACACUGGCAUCACACCACAUAUUUGUCAUAUCUGUGGGAAGGGCUUCAGACUCAAAUUCAAGCUUCAGAGUCACAUAGACUCCCAUGAGGGUGUCUUCCGGCACAAAUGCCAGUACUGUGCAAAGGGUUUCCUUGAACGAGCCAAACUAAAUCGUCACAUGAAGCAGGUUCACAAUGAGGAUCGAACCAAGAACAUUUCAAUGUAUGGAUACAAAGGCAACGUAUUAAAAUUAGAACGCGAUACAAACGAAGAAAAUGAAGGGCACCAGGAAAUAAUCAUCCGUAAUCUAGGCCAUUUUGAUGGGAAGGAAAACAAUACAGAAGAAAUCAUCGAGACAACCUACGUCACCAUCCCGAGCGAACUUACUGAAGGGCAUGAUCAUGAAACUAACAAUGCUAUCUCGCACAUUACCUUGGAUGCUAGUGAGGUUUCCGCAGCAACAGCUGCCAAUAUCGGGGCGUUGUUCGACGGGACAACGAACAGUAUCACUAUUCCGCAGGAUAGCAUUGUAUAUGAGGGUGAGGGUGGAACAGUGGGAGAGGAAGUGGUUUAUGUUGUUAUCCCAGAGGAAAACCAAACUGUAAUUCUUUCCUAGAAUCGGCCACGUUUCGAACUUUGGUGCGAUCUGUGUCAGUAGGGAAACUUCAUUAAAACAGAUCAUAAACAAAAUAAUAAACAAGCAAAAUAAAAUGUAUGAUGGCUUCUUUAGCAGAUAACUUAAAUGUGAAUUAGUUGUAUAAUGACAAUAUGCUUGUAUAAAUAUAUACAUGCACAAUUUCAAAUUAUGUUACACUUGAAAAGAAAAUUGAAAAUAUUGACUGUUUAAAAUAGCAGAAUUUUUCAAAUAAUUAUUGGUCACUGAAGAGAAAAUAUGAAGAAUAAAAAGGUUUCAGUAAAUUAAUGGCAAAAAUCAUAGAUUUAGAGCGGUUUUUCAUGAUGUUUCCUAUAUAGAAUCUGUUAGCAUCACUAAUCAUGUUGUCACAUUAUAGCACCAGGCGAGAGGGAUCCAGGUAGAUUGUUGAAGUUGUGGGAGGUUGUGGGGUGGCGGACUGGCUGAACCUUAUACUACACAUAGUAAAGUUUUAAAAGUCUUUGCCAAGUUGAAAUUGAAACUUUCUGCCAAACCCUGGAUAUGCCUCGAUAUAUAGUAAAGUCUUGGGGAUAUAUUUCUUCAAAAUUCUCCGCUUUACAUUCUGAUUAUUCAUCUGAUCUCCGCCAUCUUUUGUCAAUUAUAACUACUAUACAGAACUUCAGAAGAUUCAGUUUUGGGAUUUUUUAAGAAGAUAAUUCAUUCAGCAGAUGAUCAUUCGAGGGCUAUUUCAAAUACGGUCGGGGGGUGUAUUAAAAUAAAAUUCAAAAAUAUCAGUUUUGGUAUUUUAUCAUGUAAAAUACUACAGAUGUUAAGUGUUUUAUAAACUUACUGUAGAAAUGUUAACAUACUGUACUGAAAAUAUUAUGCGAAAACAUUUUAAAUUUCGUUUAAAACAUGUUGUCAUGGUACCGGUAACAAUUUUAAGGUGUAAUAUUAAACGAACAAAAAAUAAUGUGUAUCUGCUUUAGUGACAUUUUAUGUAUUAAAGGCCAAAGAUGAGGGAUAUAACACUACAAUGAAGUAUUGUGAAAAGAAUGCAAAUAUUUUGGUAUUCCUGUGUUUUUAUAAUAUGUUAACUUCCACUUUCUCUGCUAGAAGUGGAUGUCAGAUUGAAGGAUAUUUCUCAAAUAUUUAUUAAAAAUAUGUAGGAAUUAAUCAAAUAAUUGUAGUUAUUUGAUUUCACAACACUCCAAUGCGAAACAUAGAUUUUCUCGCGUGUACAGCUAGUCUUAAUAAAAAUGUUUUUAUGCCAAGUUUUAAUCCUGGUUAUCUCAUUUAAAUCAUCAUUUGAUUGUUUACCACUGGAUAUUUUUUAUUUUUUAUUUUUAAAUAUUAAUAUUUCAAUUUUUUGACAAUUUGGAGUUUAUAAAUCAUAUUAAACCAGAGAUAGGUAAUGACUGCAUGACUGGUGUGAGCAGCAAUGUGUAUGAUGGGUUGGGAUGGAGUUGGUCAGCGAAAUGUAUGAUGGGUUGCAAUUGGGAUGGAGAUGGUCAGUGAUUUUUAUGAUGGGUUGGGAUGGAGUUGGUCAGCGAAAUGUAUGAUGGGUUGAAUUGGGAUGGAGUUGGUCAGUGAUUUUUAUGAUGGGUUGGGAUGGAGUUGGUCAGCGAUAUGUAUGAUGGGUUGAAUUGGGAUGGAGUUGGUCAGUGAUUUUUAUGAUGUGUUGGGAUGGAGUUGGUCAGUGAUAUGUAUAUACAGUGUAUUAUAGAUGACAAGUGAAAUGGUUUGUGGGAAGGGGAUGGAAGCUUAAUGGUGACAUAUGAUGAGAGUAGGAUUCAGUUGGAAGUCGAUCCAUUGGUGUUGGGGCUAUUUGGGUAAAUGGCGAGAGGGGAGGUUUUUGUGAUGGGUGAUUAAUGAUAAGGGAGAUGUUAUUAGUUUUUCCUUUUUUUUUCUUUUUUUUAUAUCUUGAUUAUUUAUAGCCCAAAAUAUUGACCCAACUGCUUUCAUGAAUGAUAUUUCUUGCCAAGGGAGACAUUCAUUUUGUUGUGAAAACUGAUUAAAAUGAAAGUGUUAAGUGUGUGUGGUAAUUUUGGCCAAAUAUAUUUUAUGUGUGAAAAUCUUGGAAAUAUGAUACCUGUUGGUUGUAUUCUGAUUAUGGUAUUUAUCUAACAAUGAACUGUUACCCAAUAACAAGCCUUCCUCUCAUUUAUUGCUGUUCAGUAAAAUUACCUGAAAUGUAACUCCCUGUCCUGUAUACGUAAUGAUCCAAAUUGGGAUUUGGAGAUUAGGAGUUUGGCCACUGGGCUUAUUACAUGAUAAUAAUGGUGAAUUUGUCCGUAACUGUAGGAUAAAUGUACUGAGGAAUUCAGUGUGUAUAAACAGUUCCACAUUUAAACAAGCUUGUAAAUCUAGUACCUAUAUAUCGUGCAAUAAUAUUUUACACAAGAUAAAGGUAUUUGAUCCGAUAGACUAAAAUAAAUUGUUGACCUAAUACUGACCUAGUGCUGACAAUAAUACAGAAGGCAUUGGUGAUGUGUAUUGUGUUAAUCCUACAAUAAGCCUAUGUCUGACAAUAAGCAUAUGACAAUAAACCAUGUCUGGUAAUAAGUCUUUGUCUGGAAAUAAGCCCUUACCGGGCAAUAAGUCUGUAUGGUAAUUCAAUAAGGUUAUUAUAAGCCAGUAUCUGAUAAUAAGUUUAUGUCUGAAAAUAUUGAGUCGGUCUGUAAGCCUUUAUGCACAUGGCAAUAUGUCAUGUCUGGUAAUAAGCCAUGUCUGGUAAUAAGUCUUAUGUCUGAAAAUAAGCCUUUGUCGGGCAAUAAACCCAUGUGUGGUAAUUAAAUAAGGUGAUUAUAAGCCAAUGUCUGAUAAUAAGUUUCAAUCUAACAAUAAACACAAGCCUGGCAAAAGGCCAUGAUUAGUAAUAAGUCUACACUUGGCAAUAAGAUCACAUAAGACAAUAAGCCGAUGCAGAAAAAAUGCUAACAACUGCUAUUACCUUGUUCCAUGUACCAGAUUAAGUUUAUAUGUCACCUGGACUUAUUGUAGGAUAUUAGAUAGCAAAAGUUAGUGUUUUGACUGAUAAAACCAUUUUCUCCUUCAAUAUAUCUCGACUAUUAAAAAACAAAAUUGUAGAUUUUGAAAAUACAUAAAAACUAUGUAAUAAAAAUUGUCCCGAGAUUAUUACAAUUUAAUUUUAUUGAUACACUAAAUCGCAAUGAACAUGAGGGAGAUUGGUAUCCAAUGAUUAUCGUAAUAAGAUACUGUCUGAAAACUGUUGUUGAACAUCUAUUUAACUAUUUAUUCUAAAGGUUAAUAUUUGAAGAAAAAAAAACAUGUAAAAAAGCUGAAAAGGAAUUUGAAAUGCAAGAUCCUGUCUUGAUCUGAGCUCCCAUUUCAUUGAUUACUGUAUGGUUAAGUCUAGCAACUGUCCCAGUCGGAGCUUCUAAAUGGAGGGUAUUAAAUUUCAUGUAACACCGACUGGGAAACCUGCUGCAGUAAACAUUUCCAUACAUUUGUGUGUACAGUAUGUAUAAGCUGGGUUUUUCCUUUCACGCCAUAUUGAAUAACUGCGAACAUGGCAAAAUUAAAUCCCCGAGGAACAUUACUCGACAGUACACUAUAUAACAGAAUGUCGUUUAUGGAAGAGGAGCACAGAGCAACAUAUGAUAUUAAAGUUGGUCGGAAAAUGCACAAAAAAUAAUUAAAUAAUAACAUUUGAAAAUGUUUCUUACAAAAUUUUACAUGGAAAAUGUGUUGAUGUCCGAGAAGAACAAAUUUGAUUGAAUUUGGAUGGAUGGGUGGUGGUCAAAAGCGUCCUAGGUAAUAUAUAAGUUCUUAAGAGACAAAAUAUCCUAUUUAUUGUCAUAGAAUAUUACUUGAAAUUUAAGAAUUAUUGUGUGUACGGAAUUUGUAAUGAAGGUAAUUUUCCCCAGAAGAGUUUUUUUCAUUUGAAGUAUUAAACUGAAUUCUACUUGUUGGAUAAUUAUGAUGUUGUUUCUUCAUUAAAUCUUGUUAUUUGUAUA